CGGAUCACUCAAUACGGAUUUCAGUAACGGUUUAAAACUCGAGACGAGUACAAGCACAUAACGGUUUCGACGAUCGCACAGUAAAGACAUACCACGAAUGAUCUGAGUGCUUGCAAAAGAAAGUUUUUUAAAAUCAAUAAAAAAUUCCAAGAAAAAUAUACAAAAUGCUAGAGACUAUAAGCAGAAAGUGUGCUUUAAAGCCAUGCUUUCUGUACCGUAAUAAACUCAAUGUGUUGUUGUUCGUGCUUGUGCUGUGCCACAUAAGUGUCGGUAACGCGACGGAAACAGAUAUUGCAGUCGACCCCGAAAAUCCACGCUCCUUCACAACAACACCACCACCGUCCAUAGAGGUGGGCGCUGCAACAAAUCGCACACAUGCUGCGAAAAAAAUAACACGUUCGCUACGUCUGCCGAACACCACAUUCCCGUUACAUUAUCACCUACACAUUACAACGCAUAUACAUCGGGAGAUUUUCGAGUUCACGGGCAAUAUGACUAUUGACAUUGACAUACGCGAAACGACCAAUGAAAUUGUAUUGCAUGCAAAAAAUAUUACCGUUACGGCAAUUACGAUGCUUGAACUGCACACAAACGAAAAGCUGCUUGACCUCACCUAUACUUAUGAGAAGCAUGGCAGCUACUUGAUCAUACAUCCGAUUGAAAACUAUGCAGCUUUCGAGGCGGGUCAACGUUAUCGGUUGGAAAUUUUAUACAAGGGUCUCUUGCGCCAAGACUCUUUCGGUAUCUAUUGGAUGACCUAUAGUGAUGAGAAAAAUGCCACAGUUUAUGUGACGGCGACGCAAUUUGAGCCGACAAGCGCACGCUUGGCCUUCCCCUGUUACGAUGAGCCAUCAUUCAAAGCGAACUUCACAAUAAGCCUCACGCACAGCAACAAAUACACGGCCAUCUCGAACAUGAUGGUGCGUCAAACGGAACCGAGCAUUGACGCAAAUGCUGCACUCGAUGACAACAACGUUGAUGCCACAAUGGUGACAACCACAUUCCACACCACUCCACCGAUAUCAACAUACCUGGUCGCAUUUGUCAUAUCGAAUUUCGUGUAUAUUUCGGAGGAAUAUCGCGGCGUUCAGCAGCGCAUCUUCACCUCACCACGCCUCGCUGAUAGGGGUCGAAAGGCUUUGAAGAAUGCCGUUCGUACAGUCGCCAUGUUGGAGGAUUACCUUGGUGUCGAUUAUCCGUUGGCGAAAUUAGAUCAUGUCGCGCUGAAGAAUAACUUCGGUGCGGCCAUGGAAAACUGGGGUUUAAUUACCUAUAAGGAGGACAACCUGGCAAAGCCGGAUGACGCGGAUAUGCAUAAGAACUUGAAGGAUGUGAUAACACAGAAUCACGAAAUCGCACAUCAAUGGUUUGGCAACUUAGUAUCGCCGCAGUGGUGGACAUACGCAUGGCUGAAUGAGGGUUUUGCCACCUAUUUUGGUUAUUUGGUCACCGAUUUACUUUAUCCCGAGUAUAAAAUCAUGGACUUCUUUUUGAUCGAUAUUGCUGAACGCGCCUACAGUUACAACUAUAUGACCGUACGUCCGAUGACUUACUAUGUGGAAAACGAGACUGCCAUUUUGUCAACAUUCGACAUCAUAUCCUAUCACAGAGCCGCUUGUGUGAUCAAAAUGUUCCAUCACGCUUUCAAUCAGAAAACGUUCGUACAUGGCAUCAGUCAGUAUUUGCGCAAAUAAAAUUUUCCCCCCUCUCUCAAGUCAGUAUACUUUUGCGAACGAGUUGAAUCUUUUCGAUG